CCUCGCGCCGGAAAGGCUUAGUUUGCUGGUAUCAAACCGACAGUUAACAAAGUUUGCAUAUUGAUUCAAUAUAAUUACAUUUAUCAGGAUGUCAAUACUAGCAACACUGGUCCUGCUGGCAGUAUCAAUGGGCGUUGCAACUGCAGGACAUGCGCAUACAGAGGGUAGAUUGAAACCAAUCGGACGCGAGGAAACUCGCAGCAUUUGCGCAUCACUAUGCCUUGCAGGACUGGGCGGCGAGCCCUGCGGCGCGCCCUGCGCCACCCUUACACCUCGCAAUCAAACUCAGUCCGACGGCGGCAGUGCGCCGAGCGGCACGCUCGCCGCCGGCGCAAUCAAGACGCGUCGCGACGCCUGCCCGCUGCUCUGCGAGUACCGGCUUGGCGAUCCGCUCUGCGACUGCAACGAAGGCCGCACCACCGCUGCAAUAAAAAGCGGCAACUAUCCAGCCAUCGACUACCAUCGCAUCUGUGGCUACUUCUGCUCUGAACACAACUAUCACAUCUACGGAUGUCCACUAUGCGGUGUCUAUCGCAUGCAGGAUUUGGAUCGUCGUGUACGUCCCACUGAAAUGGACAUCGACUGGGAGGAAUGGUGUCGAGAGCAGUGCUCCAUUGGGAUGGGCGGCGUCGCCUGCGACUGUGACCUUCCACUUCCACUACCGAUGAAUCUAAUCUCGCAGGACAGAUCGCUAAAAUCCUCUGAAGAAGACACUACUGAUGCUUCCGAGGUUUGAUUCUGAAAAAUAUAAAAAUUUGUAAGAGAAUUAAGUGUUGAUUGCAUGCUUUAAGUUCAAUUGGCGAUUUUAUCGAUGUAUUAAAUCAAAAGAAAUGAAAACAAACCAAAAGUCAGUUGUACCUUGUACCUGCAACCAAUUCUAAACAAUAUUUUUAUUAAUUAAAUGAAUUUAAUAAAAAAUAACUUGAAUUUAUUAUGAAUUAUGUCUUGAUGAACGUGAACAUGAACGCAAACAAACUCACAAAGUCUUCCAAGCGUUGUAAAUAUACAUAACACGUAAAUAAAUUAAUAAUAAUUAUAAUAAUGCUAAAAUAUUGUGCUUUUUAAAGGAAAAAAUUAAUUAAUUUUAAUUUAAUCACUGUGCAGUUGUUGCAUACACAAUUCAGAACAUACGCUUUGCCCAAAUAAUAUAAUUGUACUGCUUUUCAAGAAAAUUUGGUUGAAUAUUGAUUUCUUUGUGAUAUUCGUAGUUAUUCUUAGAAUAAUCAUAUCAAGAUGAUGUCACAUCAGUAAAUUUCUAAUUCGUCUGUACAUAUAUUGACGUUUCGAAACGUUUCCAUAUUUUUCCUACUUAUGGUCAAUAUUAAAAGUAAUUUCUUUAUACGAACAUGAUAUGAAUGUAAUUUAAGGAUAAAAUAUGUAUGUAUGCAACCAUAUAUGAAUAUUUAUAAGAAGAGUCAUGUAUGAAGAGAAGAGUCAUAACCAAUUUAGGCUGCCAAUGUACAAAAACAUCUAGUAUUUAUGGAUAUAUAGGUAUUGUAAGUAUAAGAAUUUUAGUUGUUGAGAAUUUUGAUUUCAUCAUUAUACAAAUGAGAAACUGUUGUGUAAAGACAAUAACUAUUUGAGGAUAACUAAUGUUAACAUGUAAUUAAGAUUAUAUAUUAAAAUGUAACUAUAUUGUAAGCAUAAAUAAAUAUUAAAGAUAUAUAUGUAUGCUGUCUAACAGAAA